AUGCAAAAUGAAUAUCUCUGGUAUUAUGAUGAAUUGAAAGGAUUAAGUGAUGGCUCUGAAGUUUCUCUCGAACAAAUUUUAGUAUUAAAUUAUAAAAAUGAAUUGAAAGCAGCAAACGAUAUACAUGAUGAAGAAGAACAAAAUGAACAACGACGUAGUUCAUAUUCAUCAGCUCUCAUAAAUCGUCUCGAUAAUGAUGAACAACUAAUUAAUGGAAAGGAAGAACAAAGAGAAAGUCCAAAUGAACAAUUAAUAGCAUUUGGGUAUCUUGAACAACUCGCUGGUAAUGGUUUUGGAGCAAAUCAUCAUGAUUUUGUUUUUACAUACAAUGGUCUCUAUCCAAAAACAUCUCGCAUAAAAAACUAUCUAUCACGUCAAUUACUCAAUCGUCUUAUUUUAACUGUUGAAAAUGAACAACAAUUAGAUCAAAUACUUAAAACACAGUUAACAGCCUAUGGUUUCAAUUUGAAUGUUGUUCGAUUUCGUUGUUCAGAUGGAACUCCUCAAAAAUAUAUAUUAAGUUAUAAAAUUGGUCCAUCAAAUGAUAAUGAAAAAAGAAAUCAAUGUGAAAUGCGUGAAAAACGUGCUAGUGAAUUUGGUAAUAUAAAACUAUUAAUUCAAGCAUUGCAAUUACUUGGUGAUGAAAAAUAUGAAUCUGAACAUCCCGUAUAUCGUCGUGCAUCAACAAGUCAGACAAAUACGGUGACAUUAUAUACAGCUCUUAUUGAUUUCACUAAAUCAAUGCUCUAUGUUUAUGAUGAUUGA